GGAAAUCAGGCAGCCUUGACUCUGCUCAGAAUCUCACAAGGCCGCAAUCAAGAUGCUGGCCAGCUCUGGAAGAUGGUUCUGCUCUACCCAGAAAGUCUCAUUAUGGCAAACCAGCUCAGUCCUGCCAACAUGAAACCUGCUCAGCUCCUCCUCCUCCUGCUUUUCCAGUCUCAAGUUUCACAAACCAGCUCAACCCCACAAAUUGUGAAUGGGGCUCUGGGGGAGUCAGUAAUGCUUCCCCUGAAGUUUUCUGCAGAGAAGAGGAUCAUGUCUAUCAUCUGGCUUCACAACGGAAUAUCUAUCGCCUUCACACAGUUAGAAGGACAAAGUUCACUGACAUAUAUAACUGAUCCAAAAUGGAAAAAUCGAUUGAGUGUCACUGACUCCUACUCCUUGCAAAUCAGCAACCUGACAAUGGCAGACGCAGGAUCUUACAGCACCCACAUAACCACAAUGACCUCUUCAGUGGUGUCCACUUAUGAUCUGAGGAUUUUCAAGAGACUGCCAAGGCCUCAAGUUCAAGUGGAUUCCCUCUCCUGUGAGCACAGCACCUGUAUUGUCACCUUGAGGUGUUCUGUGGAGGAAGGAGGAGAGAACAUCAUAUAUGAGUGGACAAAAACAGGACCAAGGACUGUUCUGACCCAGGAAGGAUCAGUCCUCAGUGACUCCUGUAAUUGGAACUACACCUGCACAGCUACGAACCCUGUUGGCAACAGCACGUCCAGCCUCAACCUUGUUCAGCAGCUUUGUGCAGGUUCCAAGGCAACUACAGGCACUUUCUCACCAGUGACAUGGAUUCUCCUCGGGAAGGGGCUUCUCCUUGUAUCCUGGGGGUUCUAGGAACUUGGCACUUCCAGACACAGGUACUCAGUAGACCUCUCAAGUCAAUUCAGGGCAGUGAAAUCACUAGUGCCCCAGAAUAGUCAGGCUGUGUCCUGGAUGAGGCCGUCACUCCUCCAUAGCUCAGUUGAGUCCCAUUUACUGACAUGUAUACCUUUCAAGGUGCACUGCUAUAUAUUUUCCAAGGCCAGUUUCAUAUCCUGGCAUGUGUGUGCCCAUAUGCACACACACUGCAUGAGAAUGAGGAAGUUUUAGCAAGAAAAGAUAAAAUAACUGCAUGAAAACCAUGUUUUCUAGUCUAAGAAGACUUUUCCUCCAUAAUUUGAGGUUUCUGAAAUCGAGAUGAGUCAUAAUAUUGGUGUGUGUAGCUAAAAGAGAUAAUGUAUUUUUCUCUUAAAAGGCUUUUUAUUAAAAUGAUCCUGCUUUUAAAAAUCCAUAAGGUCUUAGAAUUCUUGAAAUACUGUAGCUAUAAUACAAAGGCAGGGCUUCCAUGUAGAUUAAUAUCCAGAUUUGAGGACUGAAAUUUCUGAAGUAUGGAGCAUUUUAAGGACUGCACUUCAAGGAAUGCUGAUGGUUAGAGAUGAGAGAACAGGGGGAGUCAGGGCCACAGUAGCCCAUUAGAGUGAAAUUGUAAUCAUCAGUAAGCUCCUACUGUGGGUGAGUGCUAGAACAUAUUGCUUCCUUAAUUAUGACCAAAACUCUAUAAAAUAGACUGUCUUAUACCCAUGUGGCCAGUGAAGAAGCUGACCCUAAGAGGGGCUGAGUAACAUGGCCUGACUCACUCAGCUGUAAGUGAUGAAGUCAGAUUAGUUGAGUGCCUUACAUAGAGGAUGAAUAAAGUAGUCUAAGAUAUGGUAGCAAAUAGACUCCCAAAGUUCCAGGGACUUUAUGUCUUGCUCACAUGAAAGUCCUGCAUGGAAGUUCAUGCCAGCAGGUCAGCGUGUUUCCACAUGGUCUUUUAGGGACCUCUUCUGACACUGAUCCUUGCAUCUUCAACACAUGGCUCCCCACGGCACCCUUGGCAUCAACACUGCCAUCCAGGGAACGUGAGCUCCAAGAACACACAUGGGAGAGUCCUUGGACCAAGCCUAGAGGUGGCAUACAUUAUUUUGGACCAAACUUUAUUAAGGAGAACAUGGUUAUUAUAGCCAAACUUAAGUGAGAGAGCAUUUGACAAAGUAAUCUAGCUGUGUGCCCAAAGAGGAAGUUGAUUUUGGUGGAUAAAACACAUUCACAUAGAUGUUUCUCUUAAAAAGCUAAACAUCAUUAGACGGUGACCAAUGCAAUAGAAAUUCCAACAGAAUGUGAUAGGUAAUAUGUUGGAGUGCACGGUUGUAUGAUGAGGGCCCUAACUGCUACAGGGGAUUAGGGAAGUCUUUCCAAGAAAAGCCUUUUUUAAUGUCCUUAAUAAUAUUUGAUUGUGAUAAAAUACUUACAAAAUUCACCAUCUUAACGAUUCUUAAGAAUAUAGUUCAGUGGCAUCAAGUACAGUCACAGCAUUGUGUUCCAUCACCACCAUCCAUCCACAGAACUCUUUUUAUUUUGCAAAACAGACACUAUUUACCCAUUAAACAAUAAUUCUCCAUUUUCCCUCGCACCUGAGUCCCUGGCCACCGCCAUUCUACUUUCUGUCUCUGUGAAUUUGACUACUCUAGGUACCUCAGAUAAGUGGAAUUAUACAGUAUUAGUUCUUUUGUGACUGGCUUAUUUCAUU